UGCCAGGACGAAUCUUUACUAAUCUAAACUUCCCAGAAGUUGCAUUGAGUGCAUUUCAAUUCUCACUUCUCAGAAGCCAAGACCUGUUGAUCGAUCCUUUUUUACAAUGAUUUUCAAUCUCAUUUUUUGUUGGUCCUAAACUAAACGUUGCAUCAAACGGCGCCUAAUUAUCAUGUAUUUUUACACUUUUGCACUUUGUUAAUUAUUUCUUCUCCAGCCGGAAGACCUUCAUAUGAUCUCCAUUCAUCUACUAAUUUGAUAAUGCAUAUCAUGUACACCAUUGAUAUUUCACAUUUACAUGUGUUGAAGGAGCAGAGUUGAUAGAUCUACAGACAAACACUUGUGCUUGUGCUGUCUCCAUCCAAUGGCAUCGAAUUCAUCUUCUUCCCAAGAUCCUCCUCGAAUCAAAUAUGAUGUCUUCAUCAGCUUCAGAGGCACAGACGUACGAUGUGGUUUUCUUAGCCAUUUGAAAAAGGAACUGCGUCAGAAGCAGGUUGAUGCCUUUGUGGAUGACAGGCUUGAAGGAGGGGAUGAGAUAUCACUCUCUCUUGUCAAAGCCAUUGAAGGGUCGCUUAUUUCCUUGGUCAUAUUCUCCAAAGACUAUGCUUCUUCAAAGUGGUGCUUGGAAGAGCUUGUGAAAAUAGUUGAGUGCAUGGACAUAAAUAAACAGAUUGUGAUUCCUGUUUUCUACAACGUUGAUCCAUCGGACGUACGGCACCAAAAGGGGACUUAUGGAGAUGCACUUGCUAAGCAUGAAAGAAGUAAAAGAAACCAAGCCAAGGUGCAAAGUUGGAGAUAUGCUCUAAAUAUAACUGCUAAUCUUUCUGGAUUUCAUUCAUCCAAAUAUGGGGAUGAAGUUGAGCUUAUAGAAGAAAUUGUGAAAUGUUUGUCGACCAAGUUGAAUCUCAUGUACCAAAGUGAGUUAACAGAGCUUGUAGGAAUUGAAGAACGGAUUGCAGAUUUGGAGUCAGUGUUGUGCCUAGGAUCGACAAUAGAUGUUCGUGUCAUUGGAAUUUGGGGCAUGGGAGGUAUCGGAAAGACAACUAUUGCAGCUGCACUAUAUAACCGGCUUUGUUUUGAAUAUGAAGGGUGUUGCUUUAUGGCAAACAUAACGGAAGAAUCAGAGAAACAUGGAAUGAUUUAUCUGAAGAAUAAAAUCAUCUCUAUAUUACUUAAGGAAAAUGAUCUACAUAUUGGCACACCUAAUGGAGUUCCCCCUUAUGUUAAGAGAAGGUUGGUUCGUAAAAAGGUUUUCGUUGUUCUUGAUGAUAUAAGUGAUUCCGAACAACUAGAAAAUUUGGUCGGAGCCCUUGAUUGGUUUGGAUCUGGUAGCAGAAUCAUUGUAACAACUAGAGAUAAGGGUGUGCUAGGAAAAAGGGUCGACAUUGUGUAUGAGGCUAAGGCAUUAAAAUAUGAUGAAGCUAUUAAACUUUUCAUGAUGAAUGCCUUCAAACAAAGUUGUCUUGACUUAGAAUGGAUUGAGCUAUCAAGAAGGGUGAUUCAGUAUGCUAAUGGAAAUCCAUUAGUCUUAAAAGUGUUGGGUUCUUUUCUUUAUGGCAAGAGCAAGUUAGAAUGGGAAAGCCAAUUAGAGAAACUUAAGAAAAUGCCUCAUGCAAAAAUUCAGAAUGUAUUGAGAUUGACUUAUGAUAGACUUGAUCGAGAAGAGAAGAACAUAUUUCUAUAUAUUGCAUGUUUUCUGAAAGGAUAUGAAAUACGCAGGAUAAUAUAUCUGCUUGAUGCUUGUGGUUUCUCAACAAUUAUUGGGUUAAAAGUCCUUAAAGACAAGGCCCUCAUAAUUGAAGCCAAGGGCUCUGGAAUCUCAAUUGUAUCAAUGCAUGACUUGAUACAAGAAAUGGGUUGGGAGAUAGUUCGAGAAGAAUGCAUUGAAGACCCUGGAAAACGAACAAGGUUAUGGGAUCCUAAUGACAUUCAUCUAGUAUUGAAAAAUAACACGGGAACUAAAGCCAUCAAGAGCAUAACUUUCAACCUCUCAAAAUUUGAUGAGGUGUGCUCAAGUCCUCAAGUGUUCGCAAAGAUGCAACAGUUAAAAUUUCUUAAUUUUUCCCAACAUUAUGGCGAUGAGCAAAUCCUGUAUCUUCCCAAGGGCCUAGAAUCUUUGCCGAAUGACCUAAGGCUUUUUCAUUGGGUUAGUUAUCCUUUGAAAUCCUUGCCUCAAUCAUUUUGUGCAGAAAAUCUCAUUGAGCUCAAAAUGCCGUGGAGCCGAGUGGAAAAACUUUGGGAUGGGAUCCAGAAUCUUGAACAUUUAAAGAAAAUUGACCUCAGUAAUUCCAAAAAUUUGCUAGAGGUCCCAGAUUUUUCAAAGGCCUCAAAUCUUGAAGAGGUGGAACUCUCUGCAUGCGAAAACUUGCGCAAUGUUCAUCCAUCUAUUUUAUCUCUCAACAAGCUUGUAAGGUUGAACUUAUUUGACUGCAAAGCACUUACCAGUCUCAGAAGUGAUUCCCAUUUAAGAUCUCUACGUGACCUCUUCCUCGGUGGUUGCUCAAGACUCCAGGAGUUUUCAGUGAGUUCAGAGAACAUGAAAAAAUUAAUUUUAACUUCAACCGCAAUCAGUGAGUUGCCCUCAUCAGUUGGAACUCUCGGAAAACUUGAAACAUUGAUCCUUGAUAACUGCAAAAGUCUGAACAAUCUUCCAAACAAGGUUGCUUACCUGAGAUCACUUCGGUCACUUGAUAUUUAUGGCUGCACACAACUUGAUGCAUCAAAUCUUCAUAUCCUAGUUAAUGGUUUAAGGUCGCUGGAAUCAUUGAAGUUGGAAGAAUGCCGCAACUUAUUUGAAAUUCCAGAUAACAUCAACCUCCUAUCAUCAUUGAGGCAGCUGUUGCUAAAAGGAACAGAUAUUGAAAGAGUUCCUUUAAGCAUCAAGCAUCUUUCUAAUCUGGAAAAGCUUGACUUAAGUAAUUGCAAAAGGCUUUAUUCUUUGCCAGAGCUUCCACUAUCCAUAAAAGAGUUUUAUGCCACUAACUGUUCAUCCUUGGAGAAUGUAAUGUUCACUUUGAGUGCUGUUGAAAUACUAAAAGCAUACAAGAUGCACACAAAAUUCCAAAACUGUGUGAAGUUGGAUGAACAUUCACUCAGUGCUAUUGGAGUAAAUGCUCAUGUGAACAUAAAGAAAGUGGCAUAUGAUCAUCUCUCAACGAUAGGAACCAAGUUUCUUGAUGGUCCAGUUGAUGUUAUCUACCCUGGAAGUAAGGUUCCAGAGUGGUUCUUGUAUAGAACUACACGGGCUUCGGUAACUAUUGAUUUCUCUUCUGCUCCAUGUUCCAAGAUCAUGGGAUUCAUCUUUUGUGUUAUUGUUGAUAAGUUCCCUUCAAAUGACAAGAACUUCAUUGGAUGUGAUUGUUACAUGGAAACUGGUAUUGGUGAAAGUGUCACACGUGGGCACAUGGAUACGUGGUCUAGUAUACAUGCAUGUGAAUUUUUCUCUGAACAUGUGUGUCUGUGGUAUGAUGAAAAAUGUUGUCUGCAAAACAGUGAACGUGAAAGUGAAAACAUGGAAGAACUUAUGGCCAGUUAUAAUCCAAAGAUUUCAUUUGAAUUUUUUGCUCAAACUGGAAGUAUUUGGGAAAAGCGAAGGGAUAUUAUGAUUAAAGGGUGUGGAGUGUGUCCAAUAUACGACACAGAAUAUGACAAUUUCAUUAUGCAGAUGGAAUUGGAGUUGGAAUUGACGUUGCAAUCUAUAGCAACUAAAAUGUCAGAAGCAUGCUCUAGUAAGGAUGAAACCGUCUCUCCAAAACAUCAAUGCAAGAAACUAAGCUUUCCACCCUAUCAAAUUGGAACUUGGAAGAGUGCAACACAAGGCUUGAAAGAUAUAUUGUUCCUGUAAUUCUUUUGAAAGCUAAUGUUUCAUAUUUUCUACACAAAUAAGAGCAGUUAAGUAGUGUUUGAUAAAACCAGCUAAUAAAUCAUCUCAAACCUUAUAAGCUAGUAUGGCUUAUAAAUUAUAUUAGAUUAUCAGCCCAAACCUUAUAAACUAGUAUAACUUAUAAGUUAUAUAGAUAAUUUAUUGAACAUUUUCUAUGUCCAUUUAUUCUGAAAUGUAAUUUGUUAAUUGAUUAUUUUGUGUACCAAAAUGAAUAAAUGAUGCUUUUUUUAU